AUGUUGUUCACCAUCGCAAGUGAAUAUUCACGGCCAAUUCUGCGCCCAAUUCGCCCGAUCGAGGAAUUGACAGUAUGCCGAUAUUUUGAGAAUAGGCAGCAAUCACAAUCAACGUCCUCAUUCUGGCGGACAAACACACACACCUUCUCAGGAACUGGCAAUCGUGAGAUACCUAGAUGUUGGCCACCAAGUCAGUUCGAACAAGACCCUUCCAAUAUUCUUGACGUCAAAAACUAUAAGAUUCACUAUGACCCUUUGACGGCUGCCAAGAAAGAAGGUGUAUCCCACAUGUACGAGGAUGCCAGUUCGAAGGCGAUAUUCGAUACGGAGCCAGUGCCAAUCUCGCGUAUUAUUACCAAGAGAUAUAUUCCUACACAUAUAGUGAGAAAAAGAGAAACCCGGGGUCCUGGAUUGACUCUUUUGGUGUUACCUGAGAUGGGUGUCCCUAAAGAGAUGUUCGAGCCUAUGCUUGAGAAGCUGCUGUAA